CGGAAGCAAAUAAUUCCCACAGCACAGGCAGGGAGUAACACAGAAAGGCAAAAACUGAGGCAUGACAUGCGGCAAUUCAGGCCGGCAUCGGCCACUCAAGCAGACAUCAACUGCGCCGGCAUCGGCAAGACAGGCCGGCAUCGGCAAUACCAGCCGGCAUCGGCAAGACAGGCCGGCAUCGGCAAGACAGGCCGGCAUCGGCAAUACCAGCCGGCAUCGGCAAGACAGGCCGGCAUCGGCAAGACAGGCCGGCAUCGGCAAUACCAGCCGGCAUCGGCAAGACAGGCCGGCAUCGGCAAGACAGGCCGGCAUCGGCAAUACCAGCCGGCAUCGGCAAGACAGGCCGGCAUCGGCAAUACCAGCCGGCAUCGGCCGCACCAGCUGGCCUCGGCAAGACAGGCCGGCAUCGGCAAUACCGGCCGGCAUCGGCAAUACCGGCCGGCAUCGGCAAUACCGGCUGGCAUUGGCAAGACAGGCCGGCAUUGGCAAUACCAGCCGGCAUUGGCCGCACCAGCCGGCAUCGGCAAGUCAGGCCGGCAUCGGCCGCUCCAGCAGGCAUCGGCCGCACCAGCAACUCAGCCGGCAUCACAUGCGGAAAAUCGGGCCGGCAUCGGCAAGACAGGCAAAACGAUCCCAUUUGCUUGGUAUAUCAUGCACAGUGAGGACUACGAGGGGCAAGUCAAAGAAAAAGGAGACAUGAAGACUUUUUACUUCAUACACAUGAUUCAGAUGAUCUACUAUGUGGAUAACCUCGCUGACACCAUCAAGUUCUACCAUAGCCUUCUGAAGAACAAUGGCAGGCUUAUGAUCAUCAUUGGAGCAGAUAACAGUGGCUGGGACGUCCUGUGGACUUACACAAAGGAGCUCUGCGUUGGUGCCAUCACAGAGUGGCGCUUAUCAAGAGAGGUUAUUUCCUGCCUGAAGAGCCAGGGUCUGAAAUAUGAGGAGCAUAUCACUGAGUGCUUUAAUCCAAGCAGCCAGACUGUCCAGUCUGCUGAAUUUCUUUACAGUCAAAGAUAA